UAAUUUAAAGGUGGUUUUGCCACUAUUGUACUCCGAAAUCAGCUGUUUGCAAAUGCCCAAAAUCACCUUGUGCAAGUCUUAAGAUUUAAAAUUCGAAAAUUAUUAAUUAAAAUGGGGCAUUUUUUGCAAAAUAUUGAAUCUAAAAUUAGCGUGACUCAAAGUGCAAUCGCUGGUGGUGCCGCCGGAGCCGUGACUAGAGCCAUUGCACAGCCGUUAGAUGUGUUAAAAAUAAGGUUUCAAUUGCAAACUGAACCUAUACAACAAGGAUCGAAGUAUAGUUCGAUAUUACAAGCCUUAAGGUCCAUUGUGAGAGAAGAAGGCGUAUCUGCAUUAUGGAGCGGCCACAUCCCCGCGCAACUGCUAUCGGUAACAUAUGGAAUUAUUCAGUUUUCGACAUUCGAAAGACUGUCUCAAACAUGCCAGCAAACGGACCUUGAAUUUUACCUCACGCAUAAACAUUGGGUGACCUUCUCUAAUGGUGCGAUAGCUGCUACUGUUGCUACAAUAUUAUCAUUUCCAUUUGAUACUGUAAGAACUAGAUUAAUUGCUGAAAAGAAAACUUGUAAAGCAUAUAAAGGUUUCCUAAACGCAUUUACUCUUAUGAUUAGAAACGAAGGUGCUAGUGCGUUGUACAAAGGUAUUAUGCCAACAAUAGCUCAAAUAGCCCCUCAUGCAGGCAUACAGUUUGCUGUAUACAAAUUGUUUACUGAGCACAUAUUUAAUAGAAUUAAAUUUUUUCAACGUAGUAAAAAUGUUAGUGAAGUAGUAGAAUCGUCUUUAAUAGCAAAUGUAUUAGCAGGUGGUACUGCUGGCUUUGUUUCUAAGACGGCAAUAUAUCCAUUUGAUGUUGUAAAGAAAAGGUUACAGAUUCAAGGUUUUCAACAGUAUAGAAAGGAUUUUGGUAGGCAGAUUUACUGUAAUGGGUCAAUACACUGUAUAAAACUGACGAUCGCCGAGGAAGGUUUCCUAGCUCUGUACAAAGGUUUUGGUCCUAGCAUAUUGAAGGCAGUAUUUGUUUCAGCGUUACAUUUUGCUGUGUAUGAUGAGAUUAAAUAUUUGAUAUUAAGAAUGCAAUAAGUAAAAUGUAAAGUAAAUCAUACUCAUUUGGUUUUGUAAAGUAUAAAGCGUUUUUUUUAAGUUUCAGCUAAAAUAUCUCACUACACCUAAGUAAGUUAUAUGAAUUGAGAAUUUCUUACUGUUAACAUAAAUUAUAACUUUACAAAAAAAGUAGGUAAUUCAGUCCCUGGUUUCCAGUUACAUAAAAUAUUCAUUUCCUAGUUAUUUACCUACUUGUCUUCAAGUAGGUAAAUAAUUAGAAAUAAAAUAGGCAAAGAACUUAUCCCAUUUUAAUAUAUUUUAAUACUUCUUAAUUUCUCAGACAGUUAAUAUUACCUAUAAUAAGUGAUAAUGGUAAAGGUGGGGAGAUGGGGGAACAAAUGGGGAAGAUGAAAAUGUCGGAAAAAAAUACAUCAUUUGGUUGGUUCUUAUUUUACUUUAUGUGGCAUUGUAACACAUGCUGGGUUAAGCUAGUCAGUAGUAAUAUAUAAUUCAUGUUAACUGCAUCCACACCAGUAACACAGUUUUGCGAUCUUUGCAUUGUGAGUUCAUCUAUGAUUAUUACAUUGAAGAACAAAUUGUUUUUAAGUUAAAAAGAUUAUAUUUGCAGCAAAAAUAAAUACCGAAUACAAUGUUCAACACUUGCAAAGUUUAUUGAUGUGGAAGCACCUUUAGAAGAAAGUUUUGCCAAUCUGGUUCCUUUUUGUUUUAAGUAAAAAUGUGGUCAUUAUCCUUUUGUAUAGUGUUAUUUAUGUAGGUAGGUAGCUUACAUGAUCCUAUAAAUAGCUUAAGUAAUGAAAAAUCUGUGAUAGCGAGUGUGUGAUGGUAAGCUUAUGUAGGAAGAAUAUACCUGAUCUGUCAUAAUUUAUACGUAAUUAUUAAUAAUAAUAAUUUAUCAAAUCAUUAAAACUUUAAUUAUUUUAA